AUGAACCUGAUCGUUGCCGGCGCUCUCGCUCCUGUACCCUCUCCGCCGCAACCAAAAGAGCCCUCGAGAUCAGGUCCUGGCCUUCGUCUACCCUCAUUUGACGCACUAGGCAUUGCUGCUCCUCAUCCAGAUCGUUUCGGCUCUCUCAGUUUCAGUGACGACAAUAUGCCAGAUUGUCUUGGCGGAGCCAUAGCCCAACCCUCAGAUGCCAAGAAUCCUGGUGAUGCCAUCGUAGAUGCCUUCGACUCUUUGGCUUCAUGUUUCUCUUCAGCACUCACUGAGAGGCCUCAGAUACACCCAAAGCUUCCACCUGGCCUGGUCCGAACCCCUUUCCACCAUGAUGUCGCCACCCUCACCCCUCCAGCCGAGUAUGGUGAGCCAACUUGGCAGUCCAUGGCAAGCCAUUCCAACCCACCUAUGCACUCGCCUUCGACAGAACCAGGAAGCGUCAACACGCACCACCUCGAAGCUGGAAGAGCCUCUGAAUCACCGCCACCGGCCAGCAGCUCAUUACCACAGCUAACUCAUACUGGGCCGGAAGCGUUCAUCAAUGAUGCUCUAACCGUGCUGCUUAGCGAGAUUCGAAGCUCACCCAUUCCAAACAAUCCUUUGCGAGUUCUCUCACAUGCUCUGCCCAGUCCGUCAACAACCGGCCACGUCUUCUCUUCCAUAAUCGGCGCCAUACAUGCCUCGACACCUACGCCUCACACAGAAUGGAUUAAUGUCUUUCACGCAAUUCAAGGUCGCUUCAACCUCGCUGACUUGCCGACAUCGCCUCCCAGCACUCCCGGUCCAGCGGUCGGCGGAGAUGACUACUUCACGAAGAAAGUUUUCGAUAGCGCAGUCCCUGUGUCGGAUUAUCAGGCAGAACUUUCCACCCUUCCCCGAUCACCUCAUCCCGUCGUUCCUCCUUCCUCCAUCAAUUUGUCGAUCGUAGAGCGCUACAUUCCGCCGAGCAGCACGCACGAGUUCAGCAACAUGUUCAAAGUCGAAGGCCCAUCAGUUCUUGUGGACCGCUUGGUAGAGUUGUCGCCAAAUCGAGGACAUCUAAUCUUCCUGUAUCCCACCAGAACUGGAGCCUUGAGAUUCAUGCAAGAAUAUCUUGGCCCAAUAAUCGACCCACUCCUGCGAUCGAUACAGGUCGUCAAUGGCUUGUCAUCUGAUCUCAGUCGGACACUGGGCAACAUGUCGGCUGCCGCUGCACUCCCCGAGUUUGAACCAAUGGAGCGAUCGCUGAAAGCUCUGUGUACCAAAUUGAUGCAGCGAAGUGCUACCAUGUCAGCAUUUCAUGGCGGCAGAGCCGCCUUCACCGUCACCCAUGCAUCAAAAGCAGAAGUACACCUGAGCAGAGAGGCGUGGUCAAGAGAUUGGUGGACUAGGCAAGAGAAGCCGAGGAUACGUGCUGCCAUGACCAAAUACGCCCAAGAAGCACAGAAGAAGAGCAGCAACGAAUACAUUGAAAGAGCGCCGACGCCGACAGAACUUGUAGAUGGCUUGAUCAAAGGAGUUGAGACAAGACCCUAUCCUCCUGGCCAGGAGCCGAGGAGUGGUAUUGAGGUCGCCGUCUUUGUGGUUCAGCGUUCUGCAUAGCAAGCGAGCAUGAUACGACCAGAAACGAAGGACAGAUAAUGAGCGAUGAUUUUUUGGGCAGGCGACACGCAAUGGCGCGCCCGAGGUAUUUCAAACCCUGGGUAUGGGGGAGGUUAUUUUCAUGGUCUUGAGUGUCGAAGCCUGUUAGUUCUAUACCCCAGGAUACAGCGGUUGUAACGACAGCACUUCAGCCAG